GUGAUCUGGGUGUGUGACCCCCCCCUUUUUGUGUGUCCCCCCCAGGCCGUGAUCCAGAACCCCUUCAGCAACGGGGGCAGCCCCGGCAGCGAGGGGGGGGCCGAGGCCCGGUUCACCUGGGGGGGGGAGGGGGCCGUGGCCGUGCAGGCCGACCCCGCCCUGGCCCAGGCUGGAGGUCAGUUCUACGUGAUGAUGACCCCCCAGGAUGUGCUGCAGGCAGGGGGGGCCCAGCGCAGCCUCGCCCCCCAUGGGCACCCCUACUCACC